UUUCAGCACGGUCACCGCCCACUGCCGUGAAGGGAUGUUUCUAGAAAUUUGACCGUGGUCAUCUUCUUAGUUUGUCCCAAAAGCAUUUGGCUGGAAGACUUGGCAGCAGUGAACCAUGGCAGCAUGCUCUCUGAGGUACUCUCUCUACUGGGAGGAGACUGACUGCUUGAGCUACUAUGACAUGCUGUCUCUUCAUGAAGUCUUUGAAAUCGUGGGUUCGCAGCUGACGGAGACUGACGUUGAAGUCCUGUCAUUCCUUCUCGACGAGGCCUAUCCUGCCAGGCAUCCUCUAGAUCCAGAAAACUGGACUGAAGAGGUUUCGCCAGACUCUGAUUCACCUGUAAAUUCUCCUUGCCCGCGCCUUUUGGAGGCUUGGCGCAGAAUAUGUCCUAGGGGAGAGCCGGGUCCCUUCGCUGCCCGCUGCACGCCGAAGAGCGGUGUUGCCUUGUUGCUGGAACUGGAGAGACGUGGCGUCUUGAAUGAAGCAAAUCUGGAACCUCUGUUGCAGCUACUUCGAAUUCUUACACGGCACGACCUCUUACCAUUUGUCUCCAACAAGAAAAGAAGAACAGUGUCACCGGAGAGAGAACCUGUAAGCUAUGUGGAAAGUAGAGAACAUACACACGCAAGUUCACACUCAGACCUGGCAAACACACAAGUGUCUCAGUGGAGGGCAGGUGUUGGCUCAGCUGUCACAGCAUCUGCACCAGCACGAAGGAGAAGGGGAAGAGGGCGAGGCCGGACAAGAAAGGCUAGAGAUACGUCAGAAAUCCUACCUCAGCCUGUACCUAACAAAGUGACCUGCGACAUCCGGCUGCGUGUUCGGGCCGAGUACUCCGAGCACGAGUCAGCCCUGCGCGCCAGGGUUUCCUCAGAUAAGCAACAGCCUCUGGAGCGCCAGUUUGAACUGUUCAGCCGGGCCAGCCUUCUGCUGCGCGCUCGUGACCUCGGCUCCAUUGUCUGCGACAUCAAAUUUUCUGAGCUGCAGAACCUGGACGCGUUCUGGGCCGACUACCUGAGCGGCGCGCUGCUGGAGGCACUCAAGGGCGUGUUCAUCACAGACUCCCUGAAGAGAGCGGCUGGCCAAGAGGGCGUGCGGCUGUUAGUCAGCGUCGACCAGGACGACUAUGAAGAGGGAAGGAAGCUUCUGCUCAGCAACCAGACUCACAGCACAGCAAGUGGCCCAAUGUACAGGCCCUGAGAAAUAUAAAAGCUGCCAAAAAGAAGAGAGACGAAAGAAGAAAAAAACAAAGGUGUUCUUGAGUUAAUUUAAUCAAGACCGUUCAGGAUGGGCUGUCUACGGAUUGAGAGUAUAUAAAGAGAGAUUUGAAUUCGAGUAUGGCUGAAAGAAACACAAACACUUUACCAAACAGGUACAAUGUUUCCUGUAGAUUUGUUUUUUUUAAGGCUAAUCGAUGGUGCACACGUUCAGACCACACAUAAGUUGUGGGCAGCUUCCUGUGCUGCUGGUAAUCUGUGCAUUACAAUGUCUUUGGUUACGCCACACAUUGAAACAAGGGAGACCCAACUAAAACUGGUUCUGUAUUUUAUGUUAAGGGUAGCUGGGUAACAAGAAUUUUCCAUGAUUUUGCUCUAAUUGUGUUGAUUAGGCAUCUACAUUGAAGAAGAGGAAACUGAGCUUAAUUAAAUACUUUGUAACCAACGGUAUUGUUCUGAAAGUACCAAGAUUGGUCUCCAAAAAUGGUCAUUAUUUGUCAACUUAAUCAUAAAAAAUAUCCCUAUACUGGUAAGGUGUCUGUUUUCUACAAGUUGAUUUAUGUUGUGUGUGUGUAUGCUCACUAUAGCAGGACACUGAAGAAACAUAACAGUGGUAUUAGUUUACCUGGUAAUUAUGGGUAUUUAUGGACCAGAUGUAACCGAACAUCUGUGCAGUAAACACCAGCAUUCCAAGAUCCAGGUCCAAAAAUGUGUCAGAGAUGCUUGGAGACAAGUAACGAGUCAUUUCUAGUGAAAGGGCUUCUUAUAUGAACACUUUCACUCGAACAGAUGAUUCAGACAAGCUGCAGUCUUCUUGACCUUAAGUCACAACCACACUGAGCCUUUAUAGGAUUUUUUUAUUAUUAGUAUUAUUAAGAAUAUAUAGGUUAAUACAUAUGUUAUCUUUGUAUCGUUUAAAGACAAUGUAAACAAAAAGAAACAGUCAUGGGUAACGAUUCGUCUAUACUCUUGCGUGUCUGGUCAAAAUGUUGUUUUUUUCCUGUGUGCUACUUUUUCCUUCUGUUUUUGUUGAACAUUUUAAUUUAAUGAACCCAGGUAUAGACGUUUAUAUUUAAAUUCCAAUUGAAUUCUGAAUAAAAUACUAUCACAAGC